UUUUCAAUCGGAAAAUCGUUGCUCAAGAUGACAAUUAAUCCGACUGAUUACGUCUAUGAAGAGCCCCCACUCACGCCUGAUGGAAGAGUUCAAUUUUUGGGGCCCGAAACUGUCAAGUACAUUUCUCCACGAAGAGUGGAGGUUAUGCGGCAACAUAUCAGACCAGAGAUUUCUCAAUAUUCUCAACAACAACCGCCACCAUAUUAUUCAUCUCAAGUCUAUCCAUCAGUUCCAUCUGCUCCACCAAUUCAACCACAGCCUCAAAUGGUUCCAGUUUCAAUGCCAAUGGUUCAACAGCAGUACAUGAUGCCCCAAAUGGCUCAAAUGAUGCCUCAGCAAAUUGUUAUGCAGCAACCGAUCAUGACAACUGCAGGACCACAGAUGAUGAUGACUCAGAUGGCUCAAAUGGCCAAUCCAGUGCAGCUUGUCUCACCUCAACCGCCUGUCCAAGCCCCACCGCAACAGCAGGCGUCGCCAGCUAUAACUCUGUGCGUUAACCAGUCUCCACAAAUUGGUGGAUCUCCCGGAGGAGGUGUGGGUGCACUCGUCUGUCCGAAAUGUCGAAAAGGAAUCAUCAUGCGAAAACAAGAUCGAUUGAGAAAGAAGAUUUUGAUGUGCCUUGCCGUGUGCUGCUGUCCUCUGACAUGUUGUCUCCCACUCAUUUGCAUUUGUUGCAACUACGUUGACGCUUGUGGAGCCUGUGGCAAAAAAUAUGGGCACCGUGGAAGGAAGAACGCAAAAACCAAAGUGAAUGCAGUUAAAUUGUGAAUUUGAAACAUGUCUUGUUUGAAAAUAGUAUAUAUUUUUCUUUAUUAUGGCACCAAUUUCCCACUACUAACUCCUAUGUAAAACUUUAAUUCACUUUUCAGUUAACAUUAUUGCAUUUUUUAUACUUUGUUCUAUUGUUUGCCAAAUUCACCAUAUCAAUUGUUGUUGAAAAUCUCAAAACAUCUGUCAGAAUUAGAUGAAAAAUGUCAUCAUC